AUGGUGAAAGAAGUUCAAAGCUUAUCCAAGCUACGACUUUCGAACUCCGAAGUGGGUGGAUUUGUUGCCCAGAACAUGGCUUAUACCUCCUUAGUCAUUGAAGUUAGAGAGAAGCAGUUUGGUGAUUCCUACUUGUUGCAGAUGAAAGAGGGGAUUCACAAACAUAAAGAGUCAGCUUUUGUACAAGGGGGAGAUGGCGGUAUCAUGAGAUACCGAGGCAGAUAUUGCGUUCCAAAUGUAGAUGGGCUCAGAGAGCGGAUUAUGUCAGAAGCUCACAAUUUCAGAGUUUUGCCUAUGAAGGGAGUUAUAGGGUUUGGAAAGAAGGGGAAGCAUAGUCCCGCUAUAUUGGACCAUACAGAAUCCAGUGAAAGAAAGUGUGUGAGAGACCCGUCAUUGGUUAUCCCGACUGAUAGCAUAACAGUCAAUGAUAGUUUGACUUCUGAAAAAGUCCCAGUGAAAAUCCUUGAUCUCCAGGUUCACAAGUUGAGAACGAAGAAGGUGUGUAAUAUUCCAAGGGCUAAACUUUUCUCGUUCAAGCUAGGAGGUAAGGUAGCCAUGGAUAGGAAGUUUGUCUUGUUAGUUUCAGUUUUUUGCAUGGUAGUGGUGACUGUCACAGGUCAGGCACCCGUGGGUGCUAAUGCCACUACUCCACCAGCUGCUUCUCCCUCUAAGCACAAAAUUGCUGCCCCUGCUAAAGCACCAUCCACUGCUACAACUAUCCUUGUUGUUACUGCACCAAUAUCAAUACUACCAUCUAAAACACCAGCGAGAGUGCUGCGUUUGGAGAGGAUGUAUUCAAUGAAUCAAACAGUUGAGCUGGAGGAGCUCAUAGCCAGAGACCGAGCUAGGCAUGCUCGACAUCGAGUCGUCAAUUUUCCGGUUAUCGGUUCUUCCGACCCCUUUCUCCUCGGAAUUUAUUAUACAAAAGUGAAACUGGGAUCUCCACCAAGUGAAUACAAGGUGGUGAUUGAUACUGGGCGUGAUAUCUCGUGGGUUACGUGUAGUUCCUGCGAAGAUUGUCCUCGAAGAAGUGGACUUGGGUUUGAGCUGAAUUUCUAUGAUAGUGCCAGCUCAUCAACUGCAUCGCUUAUACCUUGUUCAGACCAAAUGUGUUCUUGGGGUCGGUGCUCCAUUACAAAUCAGUGUGCUUACACAGUGCAUUACGAAGAUAUGAGUGGCACUACCGGCUUUUUCGUGUCAGAUUUACUGCAUCUUGACACAAUCUUGGGGACCUCAGUGAUCGCUAACUCUUCAACACCAUUUGUUUUUGGGUGCAGUACCUCUCGAUCUGGGCGCCUGAGCAACACGGGUAAAGCAGUCGAUGGGAUUUUCGGAUUCGGUCAACUCAGUAUUUCGCUAAUAUCGCAACUUUCUGCACAUGGAGUUUCACCGAAUGUGUUUUCCCAUUGUUUGAAAGGAGAGGGUGGAGGUAUCCUAGUUCUCGGUGAGAUCUUGAAUCCGAGCAUGGUCUACACUCCCCUAGUUCCAGCAACGGCUCAUUACAACGUAAAUCUGCAGAGCAUUACUGUCAACGGGAAAAUUUUGCCUAUUGAUCGAGCAGCUUUUGCCAGCUCCAGUGAUCGAGGAACUAUAAUUGAUUCUGGCACAACUUUGGCUUAUCUUCCCACAGAAGCUUACGAUGCCCUUGUCAGUGCUAUAGCUGCCGCUGCUUCACCUUUAGCUAGACCAAUCAAAUCAGGGGAAAGGUCGUGCUAUCUAGUUUCCUCAAGCGUCGAAGAUAUGUUUCCUCCAGUUUCUCUAAACUUUGCUGGUGAUGUAUCCAUGCAAGUAAGACGAGCUGACUACCUUUAUCGUAUGGGAUCGUCGGAAGGUGCUGCUAUGUGGUGUGUUCUAUUUGACAAAAGUAAAGGAUUAACAAUCUUGGGAGAUCUUGUUGUUAAAGAUAAGAUCAUUGUCUACGACUUGGCUCGGCAAAGAAUUGGGUGGGCAGAUCAUGAUUGUUCAUCGCCGGUAAAUGUGUCUGAAAGCUCUGGCAAGGACAAAGCACUGUGCCGUUGGAUCAGUUAUUUUGUAGAGCUAAUGCUCUUCUAUAGCUUAUUUUGGAGCUGA